CCUGUCUCCAUGAUUGCUAUCAACCUCAAGUGCUGCAUGCAUGCGUAUAGUAUGCACCGAAAUCUUCCAUGGGCAGAUUGGCAUGAAUCCUUACUAGCUGCAGCUUGGAUAACGAGAAAAGAAAAGAACAUACGAUUCUCAGCUGGACAAGGGUACUUCUAUCUGCACGACAAAGUCUUGCAAGGUUAACCGCAUGGCUACUGCACUGCGCUGCACUGUACUGUACCCAUGUCGAAAGCCACUGCACACCCCACACUAACUAUCGAAAGACUGCCUUCAUCCCAGACCGUACCAUGAACUUCUAUGACUAUCGCGAGGGCAAGCUGCCGUGUUGGAGCUGCCACGUUGCUGCUGUCGAACCCAUAUGCAAGCUCACCAGCUUGUGGCAAAGCAAGGCCAUCUGCUCACAUUGUGCCAACGAACUACCGAUCUACCCACCAGUCCCAACACUAAGAUCGCUCGGGUAUCGAAGCCCCGGGUGAGAGAAUACGAGGUGGUACGAAGAUAACGUACCCAAAGGAGCGGACCAAGAUCGCUUGGAUGCAGCCACACUACCCAUCCAUAUGCUCUGCUCUAUUGAUUUAUCCAGCGGCUGUCGCGCGCUCUACUGCAAAAUGCACACGCGAGGAUGAUGUUGAAGCUGCAUCGUUCGGGUUGGUUCGGGCUGUUGCAUUUUCGUCUACUGGUCGAUUCGUGUUUCAGGCACAAAGUUGGUGUUUGCAGAUCAUCGCCAAACAAUCUAUUCCGUCCCUAUCGAAGGACUGCCUUCUCUUCCGGCCACGGAUUCCCACAAGACACACCCCUGCAGUGCAAUCUCCAACCAUCUUUUCGAUAUACCCGACUUCGAAUACGACGCAUGUCGGCUUUUUGGUCGUGCGUGGCUGAAUAUGCAGUACGACUCUGAACAGCAGCCGCGUACGAAGAAGGAAACAUCCGAUGGCAAUCGCAUUGGCUUCUGCUGCAAGAUAUUUGUGGAACUUCGGACUUACAAGCCUAGCCUCUCAUUACCGGUAGCAAUCUCUUCAAGUCUAUGCGAAGACGCAGUACAUACCGGAUUCGGCUCUACUAGCAUACAACUCCACUAUUCUCGACAGGAUUGUGUUGUUUACAGAGCAGAUCAUCGGUGCCAAUACAUGGAUACAUACACAGCAGAGGUCAGCAUCUACUCUGAGCACGGCAACACACGUCCACGCACAUUAUCAAUUACGCCUCACUACAGGCAGUGUCGGGGGAUUGGUUUACUAAGGAAUAGACAGUGUACACAAACUCCAACUUGGAAUUCUUAG